AAUAUAAAUAGCAUCUUAAAAUGGCAGAGCCAUAAUCCACUCCGUCUUUUCCUCCUCGCUUACUCACAUAGCAUUAUGUGUGUUUGUGUGUGAGAGAAGCGGAGUCUUGUUUACAGCGGUGAUUCCACGCAGCAGAGACCGACAUAGGAGGCUGGCUGACCGGAGCACGGCAGCUCGAACUGCGGAGACAUAGCGAAGAAAAUCUAACCAAUUAAGAAGUUACUAUAUUCAGAUCAUCAAUUCCUGAUUUUUAUAAUCUCAAGUACCGGUGCUUACAGCACCUCUGCUUUUGCGCGUCAGGAGAGGACUAUUCCCUCAGCAAAACACAUCCACCGUGAGAGCAAGUGAAGACGGACAGCAAGAGGGAGGAGGGAUAAACGAGGGGGUGCAGUUGGUGAAACCAUUUUAGUCCUGGCGGAUAUUUUGGAUCGAGCCCUGCUGUCGGAGAGGCGCAUUGAAACGGGGGCUGCGUUUUCAUUCAUAUCCUCGCCAUCACCAUCGGCUGGACCUGACCUUAAAAUUUCCCCUCAAAGGCCCCGGUAGCCUUGUUCUCUAGAAUACACGGAAUUGGGAAACACAUCUCUUGUAGCCUGUUAUCGGGUGUCUCAGUGGAUGAGUUUAAAUUCUGUUGGCCGUUCAGCUAGUGUUCGUGUCUGUACUGCUUUUUCAAGACAUGGAGGCUGAAGAUGCGGAUUACUAUCAUUCAAGUGGAUUUCAUGGCUUGAAUUUUUUAACGGCCUUGAAAAAAUCGUUGUUUUGUUGGCAAGAAUAACGAAAUGUUUUGGAUGAUUUGUGAAAUUUCAUUUUAGAAAAAAAUAACUGCUUUUUGUGAGAGACCUCGUUUAUUCUUACUGUUUCCCUUUUGGGAACGCGAAAUUUGGGCAACCUUUUCAUCAAGAUAGCCUGCCUUCGAACGAUCUAAGAACACUGUGAGGUUAUUACUUUUUUUGUGGACUGAGGACAAGUGAUACUGUUUUUACAUAUUUGAAGGGACAACCCCCCUUUAAAUUACUCUUAAUAUUACUUGUAAGGAUAAAAUUUCAACAGGAAUGAAAUCUAGAACAGAACGGGAUAAAGUGACCUUAUUUUGGGGUCUCCUACUGUCUGUUUCUACGCUCUGCAUGUGGUCCUCCAGUGGAGAAAUCUGCGGUCUGAACGUUGACAUCCGCAAUGACAUCAGCGAGUUCACGCGGCUGCUGGAGAACUGCACGGUGGUGGAGGGGUACCUGCAGAUUCUGCUCAUCGGCGACAAGACCAACCACCUUAACCAGGAGGUCUUCCGAACACUCAGCUUCCCCAAGCUCACCGUCAUCACCGACUACCUGCUGCUCUUCCGCGUCUCGGGCCUGGACAGCCUCAGCACGCUCUUCCCCAACCUCAGCGUCAUCCGCGGUCGCAACCUUUUCUACAACUACGCGCUGGUCAUCUUCGAGAUGACCAGCCUCAAGGACAUCGGGCUCUACAACCUGCGGAACAUCACUCGCGGCGCCAUCCGGAUCGAGAAGAACCCGGAGCUCUGCUACCUGGAGUCGGUGGACUGGUCCCUCAUCAUGGACGCCGAGUUCAACAACUUCAUCGCCGGCAACAAGCAGGCCAAGGAAUGCGGAGACGUGUGCCCGGGGAUCAUGGACGGCCGGCCGGAGUGCAUCAAGACCAGCUUCAAUGACCACUACAGCCACCGCUGCUGGACGGCCAACCACUGUCAGAAAGUGUGCUCUAAGAGGUGUGAGCGGGCGUGCACGGACACGGGCGAGUGUUGCCACCCACAGUGCCUGGGCAGCUGCAGCGAGCCGGGCACCGACACAUCCUGCGCUGCCUGCCUGCACUACAACUACGAGGGCCGCUGCGUACCCGACUGCCCGUCCGACACCUACAAGUUCGAGGGCUGGCGCUGCAUCACCAAGGAGAUGUGCGCCGCCGUGCACCUGGCCAGCGACCCCGAUUCAGAGCGCUUUGUCAUCCACAGCUUUGUCAUCCAUAGCGGCGAGUGCAUGCCUGAGUGCCCGCCCGGCUUCACCCGCAAUGAGAGCCAGAGCAUGUUCUGCAACGCUUGUGACGGCCUCUGUGAUAAGGUGUGUGAUUCAAAGGUCAUCGACUCUGUGGACGCUGCCCAGGCUCUUCAGGGCUGUACUGUCAUCAAAGGAAACCUACAGAUCAACAUCCGGCGGGGGAAGAACAUAGUAUCGGAGCUGGAGAGCUUCAUGGGUCUGAUUCAGACGGUGACAGGCUUCGUGAGAAUCCGUCACUCCCACACACUCAACUCCUUCUCCUUCCUCAAGAGUCUCCGCUACAUCAACGGCGAGGAGCUGCUGGAAGGUCUGUAUGCAUUCUCGGCUGUGGAUAACCAGAAUCUCCAGGCCUUGUGGGACUGGAACCAACACAAUCUGACCAUCAAAGCCGGCAAGCUCUUCCUCCGCCACAACCCCAAGCUGUGCGAAUCGGACAUUUUCACCAUGUGGGACAAGACUGGCGUCAAAGGAAAGAUCGAGGUGGCCGAUGUCCGGAACAACGGCGAGCGGGCGAGCUGCCACACGUAUAUGCUGAAGUUUAAAUCCAACAGCACAGCGAGUAACAAGAUCAAGAUAACAUGGGAACGUUACCGACCACAGGACUACCGAGACCUCAUCAGCUUCAUCGUCUAUUUCAAAGAAGCACCCUUCCAAAACAUCACCGAGUUUGACGGACAGGACGGCUGUGGCUCCAACAGCUGGAACAUGGUGGAUGUGGACCUCCCACAGGACAAAGACGCGGACCCCGGCGUGCUGCUGUCCCCGCUCAAGCCCUGGACGCAGUACGCCGUCUUCGUCAAGGCCGUCACACUGAUGAUGGAAGAUCGCCAGUCACUGGAGGCCAAGAGUGAGGUGGUGUACAUCAGGACCAGCCCCUCAGAGCCCUCAAUGCCGCGUGAUGCCAGGGCCUAUGCCAACUCAUCCACCUCCCUGGUGGUGAAGUGGUCUCCACCCAUUUGGCCCAACGGGAACCUCACCUUCUACCUGGUGCGCUGGCAACAGCAGGCCGAGGACAGGGAGCUGUACCAACACAACUACUGCUCCAAAGAGCUGAAGAUCCCCAUCCGCAUUUCGGCCACCACUGUCUCUGAGAUGGAGGAGGACACCAAGCCCACCAAGUCCGACCCCGGCGGAUCUGACAAGGGCCCCUGCUGCCCCUGUCCCAAGACCAAUGAGGACCUGAAGGCAGAGAUCGAGGACCGUGACUAUCGCAAAGUCUUUGAGAACUUCCUCCACAAUGCCAUCUUCGUACCAAGGCCUCAGGAGCGUCGGAAGCGGGAUAUUUUUGGCGUGGCCAAUGGGACGCUGUCACGUGGCGUUGGUCACAAUAGCACGGGCUCCGAGGGCAACGGCACGGACCGUGACACACUGGAGAAGGAGUUCCCCUUCCAGGAGAUUAUGGUCUACUCGGAGAUGAUGGAGAUCUCCAACCUGCGGCCCUUCACCGUCUACCGCAUCGACAUCCACGCCUGCAACCAGGAGGUCCGCCGCUGCAGCGCCGCCACCUUCGUCUUCUCACGCACACGUCCCGCAGAGCGAGUGGAUGACAUCCCUGGUCCGGUGCUGCAGGAGCGGGAGGAGGGCUCCGAGGGCAGCAUGGUGCUCCGCUGGCCCCAGCCCCCGCACCCCAACGGCCUCAUCCUCAUGUACGAGAUCAAGUACAACCUCGCCACUGAGCCGGAGAAACACGAGUGUGUGUCCCGCCAGCAGUACCUCCUGCUUAAAGGAGUGCGCCUGACGAACCUGGGCCCAGGGAACUACUCGGCCCGCGUGCGGCCCACCUCCCUGGCGGGCAAUGGCUCCUGGACGAGACCCAUCUUCUUCUACGUCCCCCAGCCCAAUGUCGACUAUGACAACGCGCUCUACCUAAUCAUCGUCAUCCCCAUCAUCAUCGUGUUGCUCCUCGCCUGCAUGGUCGCAGCCCUCGUGAUCCUCAACAGGAAGAGGAAUGCUGAUAGACUGGGAAACGGGGUCCUGUAUGCAUCUGUUAAUCCAGAGUAUUUCAGCGCUGCAGACAUGUACGUUCCGGACGAGUGGGAGGUGCCCCGUGACAAGAUCACCAUGUGCCGCGAGCUGGGCCAAGGAAGCUUUGGCAUGGUGUACGAGGGCAUCGCCAAGGGCGUCGUUAAGGACGAGCCGGACACCCGCGUGGCCAUCAAGACGGUCAACGAGUCUGCCAGCAUGCGCGAGCGCAUCGAGUUCCUCAACGAGGCCUCCGUCAUGAAGGAGUUCAACUGCCACCACGUGGUGCGAUUGUUGGGCGUGGUCUCCCAAGGACAGCCAACCCUGGUGAUCAUGGAGCUGAUGACCCGUGGAGACCUGAAGAGCUACCUGCGAUCACUCCGGUCAAAAGAGCAGGGCUCGUGCAAUCAGAACCUGCCCCCACUGAAGAAGAUGAUCCAGAUGGCGGGGGAGAUUGCAGACGGCAUGGCCUACCUCAACGCCAACAAGUUUGUGCAUAGAGACCUGGCGGCCAGGAACUGCAUGGUGACCGAGGAUUACACUGUUAAGAUAGGAGGCUGUGGCAUGACCAGGGACAUCUAUGAGACGGACUACUACAGGAAAGGAGGCAAGGGGCUGCUGCCUGUCCGCUGGAUGUCCCCGGAGUCCCUGAAAGACGGGGUCUUCACCACCAACUCUGACGUCUGGUCGUUUGGGGUGGUGCUGUGGGAGAUUGCCACCCUGUCGGAGCAACCCUACCAGGGCAUGUCCAACGAGCAGGUGCUGCGCUUCGUCAUGGAAGGAGGCCUGCUGGACAAGCCUGACAACUGCCCCGACAUGCUCUUUGAACUGAUGCGGAUGUGCUGGCAGUACAAUCCCAAGAUGCGGCCUUCCUUCCAGGAGAUCAUCAGCAGCAUCAAGGAGGAGCUGGAGCCGCCGUUCGGCGAGCUCAGCUUCUUCUACAGCGAGGAGAACAAGCCCCCGGAUACCGAGGAGCUGGACUUCGAGCUGGACUUGGAGAACAUGGAAAACGUCCCCCUGGACCCCGUCAACAGCCGGCAGCCCCCGACACCCGUGGUUGUUUCCGCCGGAACCCCCGCGAGCUCCUCCCCGCAGCCGAUCCCCACGGCCCAGGGGACAGGGACAGUGACGGGGACGCCCCUGGGGCCCUCUUCCCCGACGGCCUCGGCGCCCUCCUGCUCGUCCCCCACCUCCAUCUCGCCUGCCCCCACGCUGGCCCCGGCGGCCCUGGGCCUGGACAAGCACUCGGGACAGGUGUCGGCCAACGGGCCCGUGGUGGUGCUGGGGCCGGCGUUCGACGAGACCCAGCCGUACGCGCACAUGAACGGGGGGCGCAAGAACGAGCGGACCCUGCCCCUGCCCCAGUCCUCUGCCUGCUGAUCCCCGACGCCUCCCUAAGCGAAUACCACACUCCUCUCACACAGGGUACCCCCUACAUAUCCCCUCAUCCUCACGCCUAUGUGGUUCUGCUUUAGAGUUUGUUCAUAUAUUUUAUUCUAUUUUAUUCAUAGGAUUCAAACUCUUGGCUCAUGGGAUGAAUACAAUCGAUGGACUCUUGUGUGCCGCUGUGUUUACAGUGGAUCUCUCUCCUUUUCUCUCGUCUUUCCAUCGCGUCAUCAUCGUGGAGGAAGUCACAACGUCUAAACGUUAUGUUCUGUUCAGCAUAUCUGCCAGCAAGUCCAACCCUAAAGCACUUUUUUUUUUUUUUUUUUUUUUUUAGAAGUGUGUGUUUCUUGGCACUUGUUCCUCUUUACAGUAAAGGGUGUAUGGCUUCCUCUGAACACUUGCCCUUCACAUCUCGUACUUUUUUCGCUGAAGGAGGCCACUGUCACAACUUUAGCUCUGGUCCCAUUGAAGGGUCCUUCUGUCUCUUUGGGGAGGUAGAGUGAUGUCCAUCUGAUGGGCUCACCAUGGACGCCACAGCCAUCCGAUAUAUGCUUCCCUGUUUCACUGCAGGAGAGUAGUAAGGCAGAGCUAUGCUUCCCUGUUUCACUGCAGGAGAGAAGUAAGGAAGAGCUAUGCUUCCCUGUUUCACUGCAGGAGAGUAGUAAGGCAGAGGGUGGUUUAGGGUGGGGUGGGGGUGCAGGGUGCUUCUGUUUUGAAACUGCCAAAAUAAUUUUUGCCAAAUUUCGAAAAGGAACUUUCGUAUGCUGUUCAUCUUUUUUUCUUUUCCUUCAUGUCGUCUCUUAAGUUAAAUAUCUAGACUCGGGUGUGGAGGGAACAGCAACUGAACUUUUACACUGGCUUUUUGUUUUGCUUUUGAUGGGGAUCUCACAAGUCAAUGUACCUUGUGAAUAUUGUCUUGUCUUUCCUUUAGUCGUUCAUUUCGUUAUGUCCCUCCCGGCCUGCCGUACAGAUGGUGGCAUUGCGAUCUCUACCGCACGACCCCAUCUCUGAGAUGAGCUGCACUGAAGCAGAAUGCACCCGUUCGUUUCAAGAUGACAAAAGACAAACGUGGCGCCAAAAA